AUGGAGUUCAAAAAGUUUAAGUUUCUUUCUAAACAAUUUUUCGAAGAAUUGUUCAGGAUCGAAAGAGGGACUGAGAGAAUGAGGGAGCAAUUGGCUGAAUAUGAGAAUUUUGAGCCAUUUUCUGUGUAUAGAUGAAUUGAUGUGCAUAGUAUUGGGUGUAUAAAGCCUAAAAUGUUAAAAUAAAUAUUUACUAAGAGAGGUAGAUGCGGCUGAUUGCAAGGAAAUUAUAGAAGGAAUUUCUAGACCAAGAGAUCCUCCAACAUUGUCUUUUAAAGAAUUUUAUAAUUAUAUCAUGCCAAAUUCUAAUAAAAAGCUAAGAAUGGAUGCUCUUUUUCGUGAGCAGAAGUUCGUAGAUAUUCCAAAGCCAGAAAGGCUUAAUGAAGAUCGAAUGAAGCGUUAUGUAGAACUUUUUACAGAGAAACUGAUUCACCAACAAAAGAAAAUACAUCUGCUACUUACUGAUAUGUUUAUACAAGAGUUGAAGAUAAUUCAUUUGUUUCAGAAAGAAAAGUAUCAUGUUGUGGUGACCACUUCGAUUCUUAAUCCAGGGAGCCAGAAGUGCCUCCCAACUGCAUAUAAUGCCAAAUAUAAGGUGCAAGCUAGAGAUAUUCUGAAAUAUUUUAAAACACUUGGAAUUAAGGCUACUUGGGAUGAAGUCAACUUUUUAAUUAGGAGAUUCUUGUAUGAGUCUCCAUAUUUCUCUGUCCCUAGACCGCUCAGAUGGGAUUGGAAAGAUUAUGAAAAUACAGAUGGUGAUGAAACUCACUUUGAAUCUGAUGAUAUGCAAUUUCCUACAAGUCGAAGAAAGAUGAGCGACAUAAGUAGUAGAACCAUUGCUAAAAGUGAGAAGAAACAUCCGUAUAUGCGCCGAUAUCAUCCUUAUGAAGAGAACCAGAAGAAGAAUUAUAAAGCCUUUAUGGAUGAUAAGAAGAGGAAGAAGCCUCAAUCCUCACAUAGAGGUACCAGGGAGACCAAUCUAGAAAAUUUUAACUUCCCAGAGUUUCCUAAAGAUGAGAAGAAAGGGCCAAAAAGUUCAAUAAAAUUUGCCAGAAAUUUAGCAAUGAACAAUUUUGCCAACCAGAAAAAGCCGAAACCUCAUGUUUCACAACGAUCUAAGAGUGCUAUAAAGAAGCAAGAUUUUUCAAAACCAGCUAUCGAUCCAAAGUUACUCGAGAUGGAAUUAAAUUUUUUGACGACCAUGAUGCGACAAAAUAAAAUUCUGACUAAUAAGACAAGACCCAGGGGUCGGAAGUCUUCUACCUUUGCUUCAUCAACAAAGCCAAAACUCACACAUAAGAGUAUGGGUACAAGGGGAAGUGGGCGUGUGAAGAAAAGCAAUAGCAAAAAUAUAUCUGGUAAAAAUAGUGGUAGAAGAAAGAAAUCAAAGAAAAGGAAAAAUGUGAUUCCUAAUUGAGACCUUAAUGAGGUCUUCGGGCCUUUGUGUCAAAGAAAAUGCAGAAGGUGUCCUGCAUGAUACGAACUAUCUCCAGGUGUUAGAAGCCAACUUGAGGAUUACAUCUAGUUAUGAAUUUUUCAACAGA